UUUUCUUUCUCCGCUUUUCUCUCUUUCUUUCUUGGACUCCUGUACAUAAAUUUGCAAGAUAGUUAGCUCAUAAUUCUGAACAUGAUAGAAACAGACAGAUAUAGCUGCUCGAAGUUUUAGAUUACUGUUUCACACAUUCUGAUCUAUUCAAAACCACGCCGCCAAAACAUUUCCAUCACAAAGUCACAAACACCGAAUUUAUAGACGUACGUACCUUUCCGACUCAUGCUUUUUCUUGUGCUUCACCAUGCUGACAAAGAUUGAUAACGAUCGAUUGAGCAAAAAAAUUCAAAGUGAUCUGUACAGUACCGCAAGUGAUCCCCAACCGCAAAUGAUCCCGAGACCGCAAAUGAUCCCCAAAAUGGACCGCAAAUGAUCCUCGACCGCAAGUGAUCCCUAAAGUUGACCGCAAAUGAUCCCGUGAAAACUUGAGGAAUGGAAUGGAUUUUAUGGGACUGAUUACAAAAAAGGACUGAUUAUAAAAAAAGGAACCUUUUUCUCGCACCUUCUAAAGAAAAAGGGAAGGAGGAUGCUACAUCUCAGGUCAAUUAAUACAAGGCGAAAAAAAAAGUAGAAAAAAUCUGAAGAGGAUAUGGUAUCAACCGUAUACUUCUUCCUUUGUCAAUUGCUUCAAUUUUCUUUCAAGAACUGUUUCGUCGCUGAAAAUUUAAAACAGGCAGGACGUUACGCAGAAAAAACUCUGUUAUUUUAACGCCCAAGCUCAACUUGUCUACUGAGGAAUACAAAGCCGGGCACCCUCUACAUAGCUUUUUAGAAGCGUCGAAUUAAUUUUCAGAAUAUUUAGUUUUGAUUUUUCUCUGAAGUAUUAAUUUUACGUGAUAAACAGCAAGACAUUGGUUCGUAACUUAUGAGUGCCCCAGGCCUGGCAGUGCCCGUUAAAAAACAAGACGUGAUUUGAAAUAAACACACGUCAAAAUGCCACCGAACUUAUCGAUGUCCACAGUUUUCGGUUAAUUUUGAAAGAGAAACUUGCCUACAGCUCAUGAACAUGUUGCGUAUAGUUAUAUUGACGCUUAUAUGUAUAUCCAUUUUUUUGUCUUUGCUGUAGACAGUUACCAGGAAUCUAAACCUGGUAAUGAGAAACGCAAAAGCGAGGCAAGCGGUAGUUAUCGAGUGACAAAACAUCGUAGGAACCGUCACAUUCACGGACUAAAAGAAAGUCGCUUAUAAUUGUUCGGAUCCAUGAGGCACUUAAAAGAAAAUUAAACAACCUAAAACCCUUAUUUAGCCGGAACGAGAAGCAUUGCAUUUCAAAAGAGGUGAAAGAAAUGCUCUUGCAUUAAAGGACAAAUCCAGCAAAUCAUGCCGACCACAAACAACAAUAACCGCAGAAAAUGCGUGUCAUGACCUCUCAGUAUGAAAUAAGCGGCAAAAAUCACAUUUGCUCAGUCAAAACGUUUUCCUUCAGGUGUAAUCUACCCGCCAGAGAAAAAAAUUCAUUAGAACAAGCAGCAUUUUGGCAUGAGCUAAAAGUCGUGUGUUGCCUACCGACUUCGUUUUACACUUGAAUGAUUUUUUUCAUUUAGUUUUUAUUCAUGUAUAUACGUAUUUAUUUAAGAACUGAAAUUUAGCGUUUAAUCUUACUUUUUGUAUUAAUAAUAAAAUCGUCACGACGAUCCGCUAACUCGAGUCUAAGCCAUUCCUAUUUUUCUUUCGGGAUCAUUUGCGGUCGACUUUGGGGAUCACUUGCGGUCGAGGAUCAUUUGCGGUCCAUUUUGGGGAUCAUUUGCGGUCUCGGGAUCAUUUGCGGUUGGGGAUCAUUUGCGGUACUGUACAGAUCUCUCGAGAUGUCUGAUUUCGACUGAUUGAAUCUGGACUGAAUGAAAGACACCACGUCGACACCACGUGCAGCAUGUCAUUCUUUGAGUGACACUGAUGACAUGUGCCUGAAAGAAGCCAGUAACUGCAACUACCCCGACUACUGAUACUACGGCCCAGAAUAAGGAUACUUUAUAUUAUUAUUCUUUUGACGUUACCUGAAAUCCAAAAAUUAGUUCCAAUUGCGCCCAAACAGGAAAAGAAUCUAAACCUCCGAUUCCAAAAGCGCAACGGGGAAAAAGGUCGAAAGGCCCGGUCGAAAGGGUGUCUUAUAAAGAGCUCGAAAGAGCGAUAAUAUACAGUAAUAUGAAUCACUCCCUGGGAUUCUGUCACGUCAUUAUAAUGUGACCAUUGUUUCAAAUUGAUACCCGAUAUGUCACAAUGACAAGGGAUGUUCCUGCGAGUGAAGCACGCGUGAACAUGCCUGUUGCGCGUCCUUGCGACAUGAGAUUUUCACGCAACAGUCGCUAAAGGAAAAGAAGAGGCCCUGGAACCAUCACAACAGAGUGGAUUCCAGCAACCUGGAUUCUGGAUUACAAUGCUUGGAUUCCGGAUCCAUUAGCUGGAUUCCGGAUUCCAAAGCCGUGGAUUCCGGAUUCCACAGACCAAAAUUACCUGGAUUCCGGAUUCCGGAUUACCUUACAUGGGGCGAAACCCUGCGUUAUCUAAACCCAGCUUUGAACAACCCGGCCCUGAUGUUGAUGUCUUGCUUUUUGUUGUAGCGACACGCGGGAUCUUUGCCAACGAUCCCGCUCAAUCCUGCAAAGAAAUCAAGGACUUAGGUACCUCCAAUGGCGACGGGGAGUACUGGAUUGACCCUGGAAGGACUAAUAGUCCUUUUAAGGCAUAUUGUGACAUGACAACUGACGGAGGUAUGGUUUAAGUCAAAGCCAGGGUCCGUUUUCUAAGAUGAAGUUCAGGAAAUUCUUACUACCUUAAUAGGUAUAUAGAAAAUUCACAUCGAUAAUUUAGUCCUCACUUGCAACACUAGCUAGGCUUUGUGUGACAAUAAGGAAUUAUUAGAUGAGGUUGAGUAUCAUCUGAGAAUUAUGCGGGUCGAGAAGGGUUCAGCUUCGGCGAAUAACACCCCAAGUAAGAGUAUCCGGUUGAUGAUUUCAAUAGUACAGGCUAUCGCCAGAAACUAUGGACAGCAGUAGAGAAGCCUGAGUACGAGUUAGCCCAGUUGUUUUGGUACUGCUAGAGAAUUUUACUGGUUUUGCGAAGAAAAAAAAAUACUCAACAGAUAGCAUCUGCUAAUUGAAGAAUAACUGUAAGACUAAGCAUGCCGUUAAAUCUUGAAUUUGCCGAGGAACAGACACGCGAGAGCCAUUAAUUUAUCAAUUUUUUGGUAAGUGUCAAGUGUUACCGUGGAGAAGUAUUUGAAUGAAUAAUAAUAUGCAUUUUUUGCGCCAAGCCUCGUUUUAGUAUCAACUUCAGACUAGGAGGCUUAGGAAGUCACGAAUUUCUUAGUCCCGGGUUCUUAGUUCUGUACAGUACCGCAAAUGAUCCCCAAAGUAGAGCGCAAAUGAUCCUCGACCGUAAAUGAUCCCCAUUGUCGACCGUAAGUGAUCCUGUGAAAAGUAGAGGAAUCGAAUGGAUUUUAGGCGUGGAUGGUGAAAGUGCUGAGAACUUGCACAACGCUUAGAGCAAUGAAAUGACUAAUCGAACUGUUUCUUUUGGUAUUUUUUCCUCCUUUCUUUACGGACAUUAAGAAGGAAACGUGUCUUUCAUUUUAAAGGCUAGGAAUAGGGAAAUAUGACCACUUUAUUUAUCACUCUGUAGAGGUUUCCGGUGAAUUUCGAAAUACACCACCUACAGCUAAUGAAAAUGUCUCAUCUGGUGGUACGGACCUUGUCGGUGCAAACCUGUGCAUUCAUUUCUAAUGUCUUUGCUGCUGGAGACAGAGACAGUCACAAACAUACAAAAUCAAGGAAAGAGAAACGAAGGAACGAUUAAGUGGAAAAUUUUGUAUAUACAAGCAAAGAAUUAUCCUAAUGGGGUUGUACUAGAGUGAGCUUUUAUCUGGGGUAGUUUUCAGAGACUUUCGCCGUUACAAAAGUUAUCAUUUUCUAAAGUUGAUACGAGGCCAGGUUUGAGCAAUUUCUUAUGAAGAGUAUUGCAUCUAAUUGAACUAUAGUAUGUGAAGUUUAGUUCAGUGAAGCUUUAAUGUUAACCAGCAAUUAAGCAAGAGCUAUUGUUUUACUGAUAGCAUUUAAGUGUUUCCUUUUGUUUGUUUGCGUUUAUUUAUGUAAUGUUCACGGUUUCUUUGUUUUUCAGUCUUGGCAUUUAUAUUUGUUAAAUUUAUUCAGUUGAAUUUUUAAUACGUUUUGUUGCGAUAUUAAACGUGACACGAUGAACCAGUAACUUAAGUCCAGGCCAUUCUUGGAUUUUCCUCUCGGGAUCACUUGCGGUCGACAAUGGGGAUCACUUGCGGUCCAUUUUGGGGAUCAUUUGCGGUCUGAGGAUCGUUUACGGUCGGGGAUCAGUUGCGCUACUGUACAGUUCGCCUGAGUUAUAUUUAACAAUGAUUAGGCCCACGGUGGGUUUCCGUGGUGUGAAUUAUCUUGAACUAAACAUUACUGCUUGUUUUGGCCCACAUGACUGAUAAACCAAUGAUAAACAUUUAUCGAAUUUCAGGGGGAUGGCUUCUUGUAUCCAACGUUAUUUCGCAUGGUUCUUCAACGACCCGGUUGCCAGUUAAGACAUCGUACCGCGGGGUAAGCAGCAAAGAGAUGUUACUCACAAAAAGCGCCAUGAAGGAGCUGAGGAAGCACUUGCAUUUCACUCAGAUAAGAUUUCACUGCAAGAAAGGAGGAGGUCGUACAUUUCACAUCACCACGGCUGCUAACAGCAAAGGUGAAGCUGCCGUGAAAUACCUCAGUGGUGAGACAGAUGUGAUGCCUGCCUCUUGUGGCUCGUUUGUGAUCAUGAUCAAUGAUAACUCGCGGUUAUCAAGAGCCUGCAAAGAUUGGGGUUACGAAAACGGUUCUAAAAAAAUAGGCAAAUGGGGGGGUUUUGAUAGAGAUCAGAACAGAUUAUACGACCACACUGCUUUUAUAUGGGCAACUUACCACUGGCUUCUUGAACCGUCUGGCAGAUGGGAGUGCGACGAUAAUGUGGGAGUGUCACGUGGCGAUUUUUGGAAAAUCUUCGUGCGAUAG